AAAAAAGGAAGUUCAGUGGCAUUCAGCUGUAGGGAUGCAGUUAAGAGACUAAAAAUAGUGUUGCUUUAUCUUCCAGCAAUGAGAUAGGUUUCCUUACAAAAUUCGGGGGAACUAAGUGAAUUGGAGACUUCAUGUUGCUUUUGCACCUGGUGAGGUACCAUAGUGCUUUUCCAAAAAGACCUAAAUUUUUCAGAAUUAAAUUGUGUGGGUGUAGAGAGGUCCAAGCAGGAAGCUGUUUUGGAGGCUUUGUGUGACGUUUGUAGUACCUGUACAACUGCUUGGGAGGGAUGUGAGGAAGGAUUAGGCUGCAGAUGCUCCUGCACAGCUCUAGCCUUUGCAUGCAGCUGGUCUGGGUAGCAAGCCUUCUUACCGAUGGCUAGCACAAGGGAGAGCAAGUACUUGGCUUACUGCUUGUAGAAAGAAACAGAUUUUUCUUUUAUCCUGCUGGUUUGGUAGGCUCUCUUGGCAUUUAAAAGGAAAUGUGUGAUUAUUUUAGGAAUCUUUGAAAAUGGCAGCAUAUCUCUGAAUUAAUACAUUCGCAUUUCUCACUGAGUUGCAGAUGGAAGAUUCAAAACUGUGGUUUGGGCAACAUAUGUUGAUUAAUACUGGAAAUAAAUGCUACCCUAUGGGACCUUCCUUCUGGUGCCAGCAUGUCCGCUGAGUCGUACAGCUGUGCCAGUCUUUCCAGAAUUGUUCUGCAAUCUAUUUACUUCGAACAAAUGUUGCAGUCAUGGAUGGAUUUAUGAGAAUAGUGAUCUGACAGACCAUGCAAGCUUAUAGAUUAUAAAGUCUUCUGUACGCAGAGAAACCACAUGUUCACUAAUUAAACUCUCCUUAUAUAGAGGAGUGGUACUGUUGUGUUCCUCAAAAUACAUGCAGAAGAUGAGUGGUGAGGAAUAUAAUUUUUAUUGCUGCACAGUAGGGUGCAGGCGUGUUGACACCUGAUGCAGACUCAAAAUUGCCUGAAAUUCUCUAUUGGCUUGUAUAGCAUAGUCAGCGUGUUUCUGUGGUUUGGCAGUGUUGCCUACAGAUUUCACAAGUGGUGGUGUUCAGGCCUUCAUGGUUUUUAUUUUUUUAAUUGUCGGAAAGUACGUGUAUGUUCCUGGGAGCUCAGGGUAAAUAGACUCUCAAAUCUCACUUGGAAAAACAUUUGGAAAAAGUAAAACUGUCCCUUGAUAGUGAAGUCUAUUCUUCUGGCCUUUUUUGUUAAUUCUCUCCAGCAAGUUUCUAAUUUUGUGGCACAAUAGGAGAAACACGUCCUUGAUUUUGUAUCUGGAGUAAAGUUAUCAUUGCUUGGGGGCUGCGUUAUAAAAGCAUUGGAAGGAGUUUUCUUUGCCAUGGCUUGUCACCUGACAGCCACAUUCUGCUUGGUCUUGUGCUCCUUGAUCCUUUCAGGUCUCGUCUGCGAGCCUGUAUCUCUCGGAAAAGCUCUGAUUCCCCACGCUUGAAACAGCGUGUUGGUCUUCUAAAAUUUUCCUUACAAUGACAGUGAGCCAGAAGUCACAAACUGGGCAGAGCCAGGGAGUAUGUGUAAAGGGACAACAGGGCAAAUAGUAAAGGAAAGUUUUAAAAGUCCACAGCUACAUAAAUCACUUUCCUCUAGCUGCUUGUUUGUUGGGUUUUUUUCCCCAACACCUUUCAGUUCUUUUUGCUCUCUUCUUUCACCAAGCAUUACUGUCUUGCAGAAGAAGAAAGGGGAAAAAUGUUAUUCAUGAAAUAGCAAGUUAAAUUAUGUAGGCAUAGUAGUAAUCAUAGAGUUUUACAUGUUUAGAUAUAAAUUUUACAAGCAGUGUGUUAUAAGAAACAGCUAAACUCCAUUGAUUUAUGCUUAUAGGUAAGAUAUAGGCAGGAAUAGAAUUACUAUUUUUUCUCACUUAAUCUAAUUGCAGCUAUUUUCAAGUUCAGGCAAUACCAGUGUAUUGCCUACUGUAUACCUUUAUAAUUAGAUAAAACUCAUAACGAGCCAUAUGACCUCUGCAUACAGAUCUAAAUAUUGCCAUCAAUUCAUUUAUUAUGUCUGAAUAUGUCUCUGUGCUUAGAUCAGUCUGUAAUUCAUAACGUGCUAUCUUUUUAUAUAAAGAAAUGUAAUAGAACAGUACAUCAAUGAAUACUUAAAUGACAGAACUGAGUAUGUGAUAAUGUACUUAUUUUUUCAGUGAAAAUGCUUUUCUUUUUCAAUAUCAUUUAAUACUUCAUUCUAUUAUUUCUGUCACAAAGUGAAAUGUGCAUGUACACUGUCAAAAUGUGACAAAAUAUCUGUGUGCAGAUUGAGUAGACAGAGUUCUAUUGGAUUAGUACUUCGGUACAUUACCUUUUUCACCCCAUCUGAAAAAUUCCUAGUAAUCAAAACAAGUGAAUGUUGUGUAACUUUAUGAUAUGGUUAUAUAAGUCAGGAAGUUCAGUUUUAAUAAUGAAAUUAAAUGCAAUAUGCAAACAGCCGGGAUCUUUUUAUCUACAAAACCAACUUAGUCUUGAGUGAAAGUUCAGAACUUUACUGCUGGCAGUUUACUUUCAGCUUUGCUGGAAAAUUAAUGUUUUAAUGACUGAAUCCAGUUUUUAAAAAGUACUCGUGAAAAUAUGAGAUUUUUUACUUUAUACAACAAAAAUCAUAUCAUAUCUUUAAAGUUUUGGCUUCUUAGUGAAAAAAUUCUAGUUUAAACAAGCUGCAGCAAGUUGUCUUUCAGGGACGAGGGAGGGUAAAAAAAAUAAUAAUUUUCCUAUAGAUAAAAUUUUAUAGCUUUUUUCCCCUCUUUCAAAUUUUCCCUGAAAUGACCAAAUCAAAAAGACUUCUGUUUUACGAAACCUGCUCUUGAUUAAGUUGAUUGAGUUUUAUUUACCUACUUAAUCUGAACCAUGCUUCUUCCUUAUCGUGUAAAGUCGCUUACUGUUGCUAAAUAUACCCGUGUAUUUUAAAGAAGCAAAGCUGUGCGUGAGCGCGACCCAUUCAGAGCGGGGUUGUAGGGUAGGGAGGGACCUGCUGGUAACCUGAGAGCAAGAGCAGAUGCUAAAUUAGCAGCUGGAUCGUUAGUAAUGAGUCCACAAGUGUCUGCUGGGAAAUGAUCUUCUUUGGGUGCGUGCAGCGUGGGUGUGUGGGUUAUUCAGAGGUUCUAGCAUCUAGUUGCUCUUUACCCAUGACUCAAAGGAAAGUCAUGGAGCCAUGAGGAUUUUUAUUUGUGAAGCGACUGGCAACUUUUUUUAAUUGAAAUUGCAGGCUGCAUCUAUAAAUUGUCACUACUGUGCAGCAUUUUCUACUAGGACGUGCAAUUGGAAAAUGAUUGGAACGGCAAGGAGAUUGCUGUCAGUAUUUAGUUAGAGUUAAGUGAAAACCACAAAAGAUCUGUGGAAAAGCAAAUAACAUUAUAAGGGCAUCAUAAAUAAUCCCAGUUUUCACCUUUAAUAUAAAUAGGUAUCAACCACUGACUGUAGUCAGAAGUAGAUGAGAUUACAACUGGAUGGGACUAAAAUGUGACCAGGGACUAUCAGAUGAUGUGAUUUAAGUGGUAGAGCCAAGCAGGAAAAUCCCAAUAAAAGAUCAUGAAGAAACAAGGAAAAGAAUGAAAGCUCGCGCUCCCCCUCCACCAAAUCAACCUCCUGCAGCAAGUAGAAUUCAGAGUGAGCACAAGUCACCUGUAGAGACAGCUGUAAUUUCUGAUCAGAACCUUGUGAGCAUGAAGGAGAACAUGAUAAACAGGCUGGUGGACUUCACAGUUGUUCUACCCAGUGGAGUGGAGCAGAAGUGCACAAUGCAAGGAAGUAAAGCUGUGAUGGAUGUAUUGGUUGAUUUAUGCAGCCAGUAUCACUUAAAUCCAUCCCAACAUAGUCUCGAACUAAAGUCUUCAGGAACUCAACAAGUUCUGAGUUACAAGCCAAACACUUUGAUAGGAGCACUGGAUGUACAGACAGUACUUCUGAAAGAGAAGAUUCCUGAAGAGAAGGCAAAGCGACCUCUGCCGAGGGUCCCUGAGAAAUCUGUGAGGCUGGUAGUGAACUACCUGAAGACACAGAAGACUGUGGUUCGAGUUAGUCCAGAGGUGCCUCUCCACAACAUCAUCCCCGCUAUUUGUGAGAAGUGUGAAGUCAGUCAAGAGCACAUUGUUCUUCUGCGGGAUGGCAUAACUGGGGAAGAGCUGGAGCUUACCAAGUCCUUGGAGGAACUAGGGAUAAAGGAGCUGUACGCCUGGGAUAGAAAAAAAGUUCCUCCAUCAAAAACUCAGUCUGAACCUUCUCUGAACUAUAGAGAACCAAAUCGAAAGGCUUCAGUAAGCAGUGAUGCAAUAGAGAAAGAAAAGACAAGACUUUUGGGAUUGUUUAAUGCUGAUAGAAGAAGCAGCAAGACAGAAGAAUACUUGAGGAUGAACAGAGAUUGUGGUGAGGAGGAUGUUUUUAGUUCUGCAUCUACAAGUGAAGGAAGCUUGGAUGGUUUUUCCACAGCACCAAAUUCCCCUUCGGUGAAUUCUCGUUCCAGUAGCCUGGGUUCAUCACUGUCCCUUGGUAACAUCUCUGGAAUGACAGCAAACCCAGAAGGGAAGAAGCGCAGAGCACCUCCUCCACCGGUUGCAACACCAGUACUGCCGAACGCGGAGGUGAGGGCACAGGAGAGGACAGCAGCACAGAUAUCACAAGGAGCAUCCCUGAAUGAUUUAAGGAAAAAGAAGAGGCGUGCCCCUCUUCCACCAACUGCGUCUGCUCCACCCACUCCUGCCAUACCUAACAGGACAGAAGAUAGGGAAGACAAGAGGAAGAGCACAAUGGGUGAUGGACGGCAGGUGCCACAAAAGCCUCCUAGGGGCACCACUCGUGGUCCCCCCCAGUUAGUGAUCCCCCCACCCCCACCUUACCCUCCUCCUGGCACUGACAUUGUGGAUCCAACAGUGUGUUACAGAGAAGCAGAUGUUACAGCACCAACAGAGCUGGUACCUAAACAGAGCCUGCUGUCUGCACAUGAUAAUGUUUAUGUAGUGGAUGACACGGUUCUGGAGCUCUCGGAGGUGGAAGAAACAGCGUCGGAAAGCAGCUGUUUUGCAUCAGAGGACACCACGGAGGACUCGGGUGUUUUGAGCUCCCCGUCUGACAUUGUGUCUCUGGAUUCACAAAAUGACAGUGUGAAGCUGAGAGACAUCAAGCUGGUCAAUGGCUACAUGGACCCAGCUGAGGCAGCGUGUGGCACGGAGACGUGUCCCGUCCAGAACGCUCGCUGCGACAGCGUGGGACCCGACAGCGCUCCACCGAGCAGACAAGAUGAAGCAAUGGCUUUGGCUAAGCAUGAGAAUGAAGAUACAUUCAUUGCAGCACAGCUCCAGCAGACUUUGGCUAACUUGGAUGAAGAUUUAGAAGCAGUGGAUAGUGUCAGUAACUCUGACUCCGACUACACCAGUGAAGCCUUGAACCCACAUAUAAGAAAAGUUGAGGCCACCCAAGAUGUUUCCAUUUCUGUUCCAGUAACAAUCAUAGAUGAUGCUCCAGAAGUUAGCAUCUCUAAUUCAGAUGAAAAUCAAGAGAUGGAGAUUAGAGUUUCACAGACUAUCUCAGCUGAGUCUGUUAAUGCAAGAAACUUCACAAAUAAAAACAACAAUGCAGGUUCCUUUGAUAAGGGACACACAGAUGGUGGAGCUGUAUGCAAGGACCUAAUAUAUCAGCAACCAUCUGAAAAUGAAUUCCUUCACUUGCCUGUGGAACAGAGGAGAGAUAUGUUUGAAUCACUCACAUCCUCCUUUGAAAAAAGAACUGAAAAGAACUUAAGACUGGAACCCUCUCCUAAACACGGUGUGAAGUCUGAGGAAUGUAAAUCCAAGCUGAGUCCAUCUCACUCCAAAGCCAUGACUGAAAUCAGUACAGCAAAAGAGAAGCUAAAUCCAGUUAAUGAAUGUAGUAGCAGAGACAAAUCUCUGAAAAAAAGUAAAUCAGAGUUAGAAAUCAAAUGGCCACCAGCAAAAAAACCAGAAGUAGAAGUCCCAUCAACACCCACAUGGUGUCAUCGUGCCCAGAAUUCAGGAUCCAGCUACGAACCUAAAAUGGGUUUGACAACCUUUAAAGUUGUCCCUCCCAAACCUGAAGUAAGACAUUUUGAUAGAGGAGUUUCACUCUCCACUGGUGCCAUUAAGAUAGAUGAACUAGGCAAUCUAAUAUGCCCAAACACCAGUGUUAGUAAGCAGGUACAAGGUUCUGCUUCUGAUGAGAGUGAGGAAAUUCAUAUUGGGAGAGUGAAGGCAUUCUGGAGGUCAAGUUCUAUGGAAAAGCAAAGUGAUGACUCUGCUGAGCAUUUUCCUAAAAAGUCAGCAGUCACCACAAACUCUAAGCCCUUUACUAUAAAACAUGAACACAAACCUGUCUGUCUUGCCACUCCAAAACCUGCAGCACCACAAACUGUUACUACCCAGGCAGCUGAAAGACAGUCUGAGAAUGAAAGGACCAAACCAGCUCCUUCACUUACACAGUCCCAGGUAUCACCUUUAGCAGCCCCAGCCGUUAGUAAGGACAAGCUGGAGCUCCCCUUCGUAAAGCCACACAGGAGAACUUCAAGUCAGUAUGUUGCCUCUGCCAUUGCAAGACACAUCAGUGCAACUACCUUUAAACCUGACACUAUGGAAUAUAAUGAGAAAGAUGAAAACAAGCAAGGGGCAGGAGAGGUUAAGAAUGAAGCGGAAGUUUCACCAAAAAGAUGUAUUAUUGUGGCCAAAUACAGCCCUGUGGAAACAGAAUCAUCAGAAACAAGAGAAACACUUUCAAGUAUUUUUGCUUGCAGUCAGAAAGCAUCCCACAGAUUUACACCUGGUGAUAAUUCUGGCAUGGAAAACAAAGUAGUUAAUAUCAGGGCACCAAAUCAAGCAACUCCUGUGAGUUUCUAUAAAAAGAAUGCCAGUGUUCCACUUAAUAAAUCCUCUUCAAAGGAUAACAACAGUGCAGAAGAUGAUCAUGGUUUAAACAGCAAACAAACUGUAGCAGAGAAAAAGACUGUGUUUGACCAGAGAUGUGAGACUUUGACCCAUACUAACUCAGCCUCAUCCCUCAAGUCUCCUGAUCUCCAAGGAAUCUCAUCCUCUUUUGGCUCAUCUUUGCGAGUCACUAAAUGGCGUUCUGCUAAUGGUGUACAAGUUAGUUCACUUAAAGCUUCAACUGAGCUAAAUGGUGCAGCAGCAAAUGUAGAGUCAGAACAAGAGGAGAAACCUGAUGAUUCAGAUGUUAAUACUGUUGGUGAACUGGAUGUUAAUGUGCAGACCAAUAUUUUUGGACCAAAGAAGAAGUUCAAGCCUGUCAUCCAAAAGCCAGUUCCAAAAGACACAUCACUGCACAGUGCCCUAAUGGAAGCCAUUCAAACAGGAGGGGGAAAGGAGAAACUCAGAAAGGUUUCAACCAGUACACUAAAUGGCAAUCACGGGAAACCCUCAUACACUGAGCCAGAGAAUGAACGCUCAGCCCUACUAGCAGCAAUUAGAGGCCACAGUGGCACCUCAAAACUAAAAAAGAUCUCCUCAGUGGCCUCCCAAGAGCUGCAGCGUUUUAGGGAUGCAGAACAGUCCUUGCAGAAGGCAGAAGACCUUCAGGAAGAGCAGCUCUGUAUCCCACCUGCCCCUGCCCAGCCACCACCACCACCACCUCCCAUUCAGCUGUCAGCAGCAGCUCCUAAAUCUUCUGCCACAGCUUCAGGUAAUCCAGUGGAGGCAAGGCAAGCCCUGUUGGAGGCCAUUCGCUCUGGUGCUGGAGCAGCAAAGUUAAGAAAGGUCCCUCUGCUCGUUUGAAUCAUGUAAAAAGAAUAGCUACCUGGAAAAUCUAACCCCAUAUGCACCCAUAAUCAUCAUUCAAAGUCUGAAGUGGCAAAAAACUUCAAGAAGUUUAGUUAUUCUCUUGACUACAAGCCAAAAUAAGUUGUAGUUAAUUUUCUGUGUGUUCCUGCAUAAUGUUUCUAAGGGGAAAAUGUGUUGCUCUGCUGUAAAGCUCCUGUGCCAAGGAAUUGUGUUUUGCCUCUGAAUAUUUAAGGUUGCCAAUAAACUAUUCUUGUUGGCAGGUUAAUAAGAAUAUAAACACUGUGCAGUCCUGUGUUAAUACUUAAUUGUGUUUAUGGGCAAAACUAAAAACUUUGCUAGCUAUCUGAAAAGUAAUACUCAUUUCCAGCUGUUAAAAAUAUGUAACUAUUUCAGACUACUUACUUGCUUCUUUUUUGAUUUCAAGAAGGGCUGUAAGCGAUUACGGUGAAAACCAGAGUAAAGAUCUUUAAAAAUCAAUUACAA